UAGUUUUAAAAUUCAAACUUUACUUUAUAUUAUGUGAUUCUGUCUUUGACGUUGUUACCCUGCAGAAAAUAUACGAAACUAAGACCACAGAGGGCCAUUUUCUACGUAUUCCUUUAUUUUAUUGAAACCAUUAGAUCUAUCAGUCAGUUCUAGUAGUUGUUGUCAAAGCUUUUGACCUUUGUCAAGCCUUUGUUGAGUCCUUGUUCAAUCAAGCCUAGAUCUAGAUGUCAAGAUUCUAUGGAGGCCUUGAUACAUGGGCUACAUUACUACGGGAACCAGUGAACUCGUCACACGGUGAAGUCGUCACAGCUGAAAAACGCGUGUCUUCAGCCUGCCUAUCCAGUUCAGCUCCUCAAAUUGAACUUUCUUCAUCAAAGGCUCUUAUUGAUGAUCCUGUGAGAAUUGUUGUCAAUGGACUGAAACAGAGACAACCAAUAACUUUACAAAUAUUUCUGGAAGAAGGUGACAAGACUUAUGGAGCAUGCAGUCACUAUGUUGCCAACGAUACAGGCAAAGUUGACACAUUUGAAAGAUCUUCUGUUGGUGGAACAUACACAGGAUUGGAACCAAUGGGUUUGUUCUGGAGUUUGAAGACUACACCUGGUGUGAAGCCUGGGCGACUGACCAAAGCAGAUGUCAUGAAGCCUUUCAAUGUCAUGGUUUCUGUUCAAGAUGGUUUUAUGGACUUUGAACAACUUCAAUGGUCAGCAGAUGCUCCAAGCAUGGUUUCUACCAUGCUUGAAAGAACGUAUGCUGCUGAUGGAAUUCGGCGUAUUCCUAUUGCAGAAAAUGGUGUCUAUGGGACAUUGUUUUUGCCCCCAGGGAAGGGCCCUUUUCCUGCUCUCAUUGAUGUCUUUGGCUUGACGGGUGGCAUCAUGGAACAUCGAUCAGCCCUACUUGCUUCCCGAGGGUAUGCAGCUUUCAGCAUUGCCUAUGUGAGGCAUAUGGACCUGCCAGAAAGUGAAGUUGAUCUGGAUUUUAAUUACUUUUUGAAAGCUUAUGACCUGCUGUACUCACACCCUGAUGUAGACAAAGAUAAUGUUGGUGGUAUUGCCACUUGUGUAGGUGGAGGAUAUGCUAUGUUGAUUGCUGACUAUAGACCCUCCAUGAAGUGUCUGGUUUCUAUAAAUGGAACGGGUUUCCCAAUAGGACGUACUCAACAAGUGGAAGGAAGAAAUGUGAAGCCAGUCAAGUUCAAAUUUGACAAAAUAUCAAAAGUGGAAGAUAUGGUAUCAUUUCGGACCAUGUUUGAAGCUGAAGAUGAAAUGAAGUCACCAGAGGCCUGGAGACACGGAGGCAAGUUUCUCUUUAUUCAGGGGGAGGAUGAUCAGUGUGUGAAUCCAGCAAUAACAAAGCUCCUGAAAAAGCGCAUUUCUUCAGAGUUUCACAAGAACGUGGAGUUUAUCACUUAUCCAGGUGCUGGGCACAUUUUGGAACCACCGUAUGCUCCUUUAUGCAGAUGUAAUUGGAAUGCUAUAUUCAAAAUGUACAUGUUGUGGGGAGGCGACCCAAAACUGCACGCUCAUGCCCAAGCUGACAGCUGGCCUAAGAUACUUAAUUUUCUAAACAGAAAUUUGACUCAGCCAAGGUGAAAGCAAGGCAAUGCAUGUCAAAAGUAAGGUGGAUUUUAGAACAAAUACGAUGGAAUAUUCAGCAGCAUUACUCAGUACAUCUGUUGACUGUUAAGUCAUUGUAAGCCUGUCAUUGGCUGUUGGCUUUUCUGGAUGGUUUUGAUCCUGGUGUCAUGUAAAACAUGCAUGUCCUAAACAGAGUUUGAACUGCUGAUUGAUUUAUUUUAAAUGUAUUGUGCCUCCAUAGACACAGCUGAGAUAAUUUAGGAGAGGAGGAGGGCUAUUUAGAUCUUGCCUGUCAGGGCGAACCUGAACUGGCUCCAAAUUUCAAAGAAAAUUUAGUGUGUGAAAAGAAAAA